UAGUCGCCCUUCCUCCGAAUAAACAGUUUUUAGUGUUGCAAUUUCAACUUGCCUUCUUCGACUCUUCUCCUUACACGGCUUCACUUGCCCUGAAAAUUUAAUUCCCCCAAACCCUACCUUUCUCUUUCAUCAAGCCAAUUCUCGAUUCUAAAACUCUCUCUCUAGAGAAAUAACAACUAUGGAAAUCUCUGUAAUCGCCGAUACAUUAUCAGUAGCUGCAAGACAAGGCCUAGGGUUUGCCAAUUUUCUUCUUCGUCCCCAUAACAGCCUCCCUCUAUUCGAUUCCUCAUCGGAACAACCUUCCUCCGCCGGAAACCUCCAAAUCUCCGCCUUGAUUUCUCCGGUAGAUGCGGUGGCUCCGCCACCUGUCAAAUCGAAUUAUCUCAAAACCGCACCACGAAGACUAGUCCGAAAAGCGCGGCGACUUAGACGGAAAUCUUCGAUUGGUGACGGUGGCGAGGACGGUGAAGACGGUGGGUUCUCUGGUGGCGCCGGUGACGGUGAUGGUCCAUUUGGUGGAGGCAGCGGUGGUAGGGGAUGGAAUUUUGGUGGAUUUGGAGAGUCAAAUUGGGACGAAUCUUCGUGGCCUUCGUCAUCCGAUCAUGAUUUUGAUUUGGUAUACGAGGUGAUCAGUUGGAUUGCUCUUUCUAAUUGCUUGCACUUUGCGGUAAAAAAGGUUAUGAGAAUCAUGGCGGACGGUUUUGGCGAUCCAGAAAGAGAGAAGGUUCCAAUGAGAUUUCCAAUCUGCUGAUUUGUGGACUUUGAAUGUUGGAUAAUUGAGCAUACUUCCAAUAGCCAGUGUAUUUUGUGAAGGCAUGUCGCCGACCCGAGUAGUUAGAACAGCGUUUGUUGAAUUGAAGAUUUGGAUGCUCUUACAUGAACAGGACUUUCUAUCAGUUCAGAAGUUCUGCUCAGACUUUAGGCAACUGACUGACUGAUCAGAUUUUUUAGUUAUAAUGGAAAACUAGAAAUGCAACAGUGACCAGUAUCUGCUAUAUUUAUUGGUUUGUAUACUGUCUUGCUCUCUUUAGGUAUAAAUUGUAGUUUGUUAUUAGGAAAUGGAUUCGGUAUAUGUACCAAAGAAU